AUGGAGUCAGAGUCGCAGCAGAGAAACCCCAACGGCCCCAUGCCUAGAGGAGCCAUGAGAAUGGGACUGCCCUGGAGACCACAGACUUGUGGAGUUACCAGAGUGGAAUGCCAGUCUGAGACAGCUAAAGCAUCAUCUGAGACCAGGAAAGCUAUAGAUGCAGAGCUACCCGUGGACUUCAGUACCCAACCCACACACCAGCAUGUAGAGGAGGUGGAACAUGGAGUCAAGGCUGAAACUCAGUGCUGGUUGGGGCCACCCAACGUGCAUGUUGAAGCAGAGGGUACAACACCAGAUUGUGUCCCACGUGGUGGCAGAUGGAGGCCUAGAAGAACAAUUUUAUUUGCAAGCUGGGAUGCAGAAGAAUUUGGUCUUCUUGGUUCUACUGAGUGGGCAGAGGAGAAUUCCAGACUCCUUCAAGAGCGUGGUGUGGCCUAUAUUAAUGCUGAUUCAUCUAUAGAAGGAAACUACACUCUGAGAGUUGACUGUACACCACUGAUGUACAGCUUGGUAUAUAACCUAACAAAAGAGCUGCAAAGCCCUGAUGAAGGCUUUGAAGGCAAAUCUCUUUAUGAGAGCUGGAGUGAGAAAAGUUCCUCACCUGAGUUCAGUGGCGUGCCCAGGAUUAACAAAUUAGGAUCUGGCAAUGAUUUUGAGGUGUUCUUCCAAAGACUUGGAAUUCCUUCAGGUAGAGCACGUUAUACAAAAAAUUGGGAAACAAACAAAUUCAGCAGCUAUCCACUGUAUCACAGUGUCUAUGAAACAUAUGAAUUGGUGGAAAAGUUCUAUGAACCAACAUUUAAAUAUCACCUUACUGUGGCCCAGGUUCGAGGAGGGAUGGUGUUUGAACUAGCCAAUUCUGUAGUGCUCCCUUUUGACUGUCGAGAUUAUGCUGUAGUUUUAAGAAAGUAUGCUGACAAAAUCUACAAUAUUUCAAUGAAACAUCCACAAGAAAUGAAAACAUAUGGUGUAUCAUUUGAUUCACUUUUUUCUGCAGUAAAGAAUUUUACAGAAAUUGCUUCUCAGUUCAGUGAGAGACUACAAGACUUCGAGAAAACCAACCCAAUGUUAUUGAGAAUUAUGAAUGAUCAACUGAUGUUUCUGGAACGAGCAUUUAUUGAUCCUUUAGGGUUACCAGGCAGGCCUUUCUAUAGGCAUAUCAUCUAUGCUCCAAGCAGCCACAACAAGUAUGCAGGGGAAUCCUUCCCAGGAAUUUCUGAUGCUCUGUUUGAUAUUGAAAGCAAAGUGCACCCUUCCAAAGCUUGGGGCGAAGUGAAGAGACAGAUUUCUGUCGCAUCCUUUACAGUACAGGCUGCAGCAGGUACUUUGAGAGAAGUAGCCUAA